CCCCACCAGCUGCUCUGCAGCCUUCCCAAGGUGGCAGAGCAUGGGGACCCCUCAUGCCCCUGCACGGACAGUGCUCUUCCAGCGUGAGAGGACGGGCUUGACCUACCGUGUGCCUGCACUGCUCGCAGUGCCCCCUGGGCCUAUACUGCUGGCCUUCGUGGAACAGCGGCUCAGUCCCAGUGACUCCCAUGCUCACCGCCUGGCAUUGAGGAGGGGCACGCUAGUUGGCGGCUCUGUGCAGUGGGGUGCACUGUGUGUGCUGGGGACAGCAGCCUUGGAGGAUCACCGAUCCAUGAACCCCUGCCCUGUGCUGGAUGCGGGCACUGGCACCAUCUUCCUCUUCUUCAUCGCUGUGUUGGGCCACACGCCUGAGGCUCUGCAGAUUGCUACGGGCAGGAAUGCGGCUCGCCUCUGCUGUGUGAGGAGCCAUGACACUGGCCUCACUUGGGGAAGUGCCUGGGACCUCACUGAGGAGGCCAUCGGUGGUGCCAUACAGGAUUGGGCCACAUUUGCUGUGGGCCCAGGCCAUGGAGUCCAGCUGCCCUCAGGCCGCUUGCUGGUACCUGCCUACACCUACCAUGUGGACCGCCGGGAGUGCUUUGGCAAGAUCUGCCGGACCAGCCCCCACUCCUUUGCCUUCUACAGUGAUGACCACGGUGGCACCUGGCACUGUGGGGGUCUUGUGCCCAACCUGCGGUCAGGCGAGUGCCAGCUGGCUUUAGUGGACGGCGGGCAGGCUGGCAGCUUCCUCUAUUGCAAUGCUCGGAGCCCCCUAGGCAGCCGUGUGCAGGCGCUCAGCACAGAUGAGGGCACCUCCUUUCUGCCAGGAGAGCUUGUGCCUCCUUUGGUUGAGACCGCACGGGGAUGCCAGGGCAGCAUCGUGGGCUUCCCAGCCCCACCUCCCAGCAGGCCUCAGAGGGAGGGACGGGUGGUGGGCCCCAGGAGGCCCCCCGACCCUGUACACCUCUCUCCUGAGUUCCAGGACCCCCCAGAGGAGGGUUUUGGAGAUACCUGUGGAGGCCACAAACCCGGCAGACCCUUCGGCCAUCCACAGCCCCAGGGGGAUGGCUCCGGGCAGCCCAGCCCUGAGCUUGGGGUCAGUGGGAGUGGGGAUAUGGGGUCCUGCACCUUGGUCCUCCCCAUGGCCCCUGAUACCCUGUCACAGAGCACUACAUGGCUGCUGUACUCCCACCCCUCAGGGCACAGGGCUCGGCUUCACAUGGGUGUCCGCUUGAGCCGUUCCCCACUGGACCCCCACAGUUGGACAGAGCCUUGGGUGAUCUACCAGGGUCCCAGUGGCUAUUCUGACCUGGCAUCUAUUGGGCCUGCCCCUGUGGGGGGGCUGGCCUUUGCCUGCCUAUAUGAGAGCGGGGCCAGGACUUCCUACGAGGAGGUCUCCUUCUGCAUGUUCUCCCUGCGCCAGGUCUUGGACAACGUGCCCACGGGCCUCCUGUCACCCCACUUUGGGGACAAAACUCACUGCCAGCCCUUCUGA